UAUUUUCUCGCUUACCAAACAGGGGGAGAAAGCGAGAGAUUCAUCGUUUACUCGUGCUUUUGGCUCCCUUUCGGACAAGCGAACUUGAACUGAAAGCCACGUCGAUCUCUUCACCCGCUCUGUUAUUUUCUUCUCCAAAUUUUCCCUAGAAAACUACGCCAUAAAUUUUCUCAGCUCCACCUUCAUACUCUCAUUCUCAAUCGAACGUGAUCGGUGUUUGAUUUGAUACUAACAAUAGUUUGUGAAAUCUACUGUAGAAUCAGUUAGAAAAUCGUAGAGAUAUGGACAUUGCAUGUAAUUUUCGGCAGUCAAACUUGUUUCAUAGAAGUGAAGUUACAGGUUACAGUACUUCAGAUCGUUUGGAUUCACAUUUGAAGUUUAGGUUUAGAAGUAUUGGUUGUAAUGUUCUUGGCAAUCAAAGAGUUCUCUCGAAAUCAUACCUGAAAAAUAAGGUGAAGAAAAUAACUGUGUCUAGCACGAACAGUAGUGUCCAUUCAAGUGUACUUGGUAAAAGAGAUUUUGAUAACAAUCUGUGGGGUUAUAAUUCACGUGGAUCUUUGAUUUGUAACUUUGUUAAUGUCUUUAAGACAUCAAGGGGAGUAGUUAGGUUGCGGUGUCUGGGCAACGACUCAAUAGCUUACAUUGAUGGUAAUGGUCGAAAUGUAGAAUUUGUUGAAAGCCAUAAUGAAGAAUUAAUCAAUCCGGAGUUGAAUAAUGGUUUGGGGGAAGAAGUAGGGGAAGGAGAAGAGAACGAGGGGCCGACUUUGGAUGAAUUGAGGGAGUUUUUGCAGAAGGCGCUUAAGGAAUUGGAGGUUGCGCGGCUUAACAGUACCAUGUUUGAGGAGAAGGCUCAGAGAAUAUCGGAAGCUGCGAUAGCAUUGAAGGACGAUGCAGCAAAUGCUUGGGAUAAUGCUAAUUCUACGCGUAAUACCAUUCAAGAGAUUGUGAAUGAAGAAACUGUUGCUAAAGAAGCUGUUCAGAAAGCAACAAUGGCCCUUUCUUUGGCUGAAGCAAGGCUUCAAGUGGCAGUGGAUUCAGUAGAAGCUAGUGAUUUAGAAUAUGAAAGUGGAGGGGAUGAGUCGAAUAUAUUAAGGAAAGAUGAGGAAGCAGUCUUGGUUGCUCGGGAUGAUAUUAGAGUUUGUCAAGUUACUUUGACAAAUUUGGAGGCAGACUUGAGACAAUUGCAAAGCAGAAAAGAGGAAUUGCAAAAGGAAGUGGACCGGCUAAAUGAGAUUGCAGAGAAAACAGAAAUGAAUGCUUUAAAAGGGGAGGAAGAUGUGGCAAAUGUGAUGCAUUUAGCAGAGCAAGCUGUUGCUUUUGAACUUGAGGCAGCACAGCAUGUAAACGAUGCACAGAUUGCCUUACAAAGAGCCGAAAAAGAUAUCUCCGUUUCUUAUGUUGAUAGCGCGGAAACUACUGUACACCAAAAUGGAUCUUCAUCCCAAAGUGAGGACGAAUUGGUUGAGGAGGGAAAGUUGAUUCAAGGAAAUUCAGGUGGUGUUGUUAUUGAAUGGGACAUAGAUGUGCAAAUUGAGGCUGCUUCUUUGGUUACUACUGUGCCUUUUCCAGGUACCCAGUUUGAUGAAUCUGGCCAGAGUUUUGAAGGACCAAGUUUAUCUUCUGAUAGUGAUCAAGAGAAUGGAAAAAUAAGUUUAGAGUCGUCAAAAGAUACUGAAAUAGAUUCAGAAAAGUCAAAGAACAUGGCGCAAACAAAAAAGCAAGAUUUACAGAAGGAUUUGAGGAGGGAAGGAUCACCAUUUAAUGCUCCAAAAGCAUUGCUGAAGAAAUCUUCUCGUUUCUUCUCUGCAUCAUAUUUCUCUUCAGAUGGGACUGAGUUCACACCAGCAUCCCUUUUCCAUGGUCUUAUUGAGUCUGCAAGGAAGCAUUUGCCUAAGCUCGUCGUUGGCUCAUUGCUCAUUGGAGCCGGGAUUACCUUUUAUUUCAGUCGGGCGGAGAGAAUUAACCAGCUAUUUCUGCAACCAGAUAUCAUUACCACUAGUAUUGACGAAGUCUCAUCAAAUACAAAGCCUUUAAUUCGUCAAAUAUGGAAAUUGCCUAAGAGAGUUAAGAAACUAAUGGAGAUGAUUCCUCAUCAAGAGGUAAAUGAGGAGGAAGCUUCUCUUUUUGACAUGUUGUGGUUGCUGCUUGCAAGCGUCAUAUUUGUGCCUAUAUUCCAGAAAAUACCUGGAGGCAGUCCUGUUCUUGGAUAUUUGACUGCUGGCAUCUUGAUUGGACCUUAUGGUCUCUCUAUUAUUCGUCAUGUACAUGGAACAAAGGCGAUAGCUGAAUUUGGUGUUGUUUUCUUGAUGUUUAACAUUGGCCUGGAGCUUUCCGUUGAAAGACUGAGUUCUAUGAAGAAAUAUGUUUUUGGUUUGGGCUCUGCUCAGGUCUUGGUGACAGCAGUGGUGGUUGGCUUAGUUUCUCGCUUUAUUGCAGGUCAGCCCGGUCCUGCUGCAAUUGUCAUUGGGAAUGGCUUGGCAUUAUCUUCCACUGCUGUUGUCCUUCAGGUAUUGCAAGAACGGGGUGAGAGCACGUCACGCCAUGGACGAGCUACAUUUUCUGUUUUGCUUUUCCAGGAUUUGGCUGUUGUGGUUUUGCUGAUACUCAUUCCUCUUAUUUCACCGAAUUCAUCUAAAGGGGGGGUUGGUUUCCAAGCAAUUGCUGAAGCUCUUGGAUUAGCUGCUGUGAAGGCUAUUGUUGCAAUUACUGCCAUAAUUGCUGGAGGGCGCUUGCUACUUCGGCCAAUUUAUAAGCAAGUUGCGGAGAAUCAAAAUGCUGAGAUAUUCUCUGCAAACACGCUCCUUGUUAUUUUGGGAACUAGUCUCCUUACAGCUAGGGCUGGCCUUUCCAUGGCAUUGGGAGCGUUUUUGGCUGGUUUGCUUCUUGCGGAAACGGAAUUUUCUUUACAGGUUGAAUCAGAUAUUGCUCCAUAUCGUGGCCUUUUAUUGGGUUUGUUCUUCAUGACGGUUGGAAUGUCUAUUGAUCCAAACCUUCUUGUUUCAAAUUUUCCAGUAAUUAUGGGGACAUUAGCUCUUUUAAUUGGUGGCAAGACUAUAUUGGUUGCUGUAGUAGGUAGACUUUUUGGUAUUUCAAUCAUAUCUGCAAUAAGAGUUGGCCUUCUACUUGCUCCGGGUGGAGAGUUCGCAUUUGUGGCUUUUGGUGAAGCUGUUAAUCAGGGUAUAAUGUCUUCUCAGAUGUCAUCUUUGCUGUUUCUUGUGGUAGGGGUAUCAAUGGCCCUCACCCCAUGGUUAGCUGCUGGAGGCCAGUUACUAGCCUCUCGUUUUGAGCUGCAUGAUGUGCGGAGUUUGUUACCUGUAGAGAGUGAGACAGAUGAUUUGCAGGACCAUAUCAUUAUCUGUGGAUUUGGACGUGUUGGCCAGAUCAUUGCACAGCUUCUUUCAGAACGGCUUAUUCCAUUUGUUGCUCUUGAUGUGAGGAGUGACCGAGUAGCAGUUGGCCGUGCACUUGAUCUUCCCGUGUAUUUUGGUGAUGCUGGUAGUCGAGAGGUGCUCCAUAAAGUUGGUGCUGAAAGAGCAUGUGCAGCAGCAAUAACUUUAGAUACCCCUGGUGCAAACUAUAGAACAGUGUGGGCUUUGAGCAAGUAUUUCCCUAAUGUCAAGACAUUUGUCCGUGCUCAUGACGUUGAUCAUGGACUCAAUUUGGAAAAGGCGGGAGCAACAGCGGUUGUCCCCGAGACCUUGGAACCUAGUCUCCAACUAGCUGCUGCUGUUCUUGCACAGGCUAAACUGCCCAUGUCAGAAAUAGCAGCUACUAUCAAUGAGUUUAGGUCCCGCCAUCUUUCUGAGCUUACUGAGCUCUCUGAAGCAAGUGGAAGCUCUCUUGGUUACGGAUACUCUCAGAUCAUGAGUAAACCCAAAUCUCAACCCUCUGAUUCUUCAGAUGAUAAUGAAAUCACCGAAGGAGCACUAGUCAUAUAACCCAUCACCCAAAGCAAAGAAUUGACAUAAUAAUAUUAAAAAACAGAUCACAAAGAACUGUACAGCGGUUUACUUGAACCCUUUGGUAUAAAUUGUACAGAAAUAUAGCCGAAUUAGUGGCAGUAGCAGACACAUUUGUUGAUCGGCCACAUGGACAUUUUUGUUCCGAUAAUGCCCUGUGUGAGAGGGGAGACUGCUCUUUUUCUUUCUUCAAUUGUAUUCCGAUUUGAUAAAUUUUGGUAGGCCCUCGUUAAACUGUCUAAAAGGACUUUCUUGUCUCACUAAUCACAUUGCAUUCCAUAAUCUUAGAGUACUUUCUUAGCUUUUAGUUUUGAUCAUGCUGGAUAAUGCAAAUGGUCAAAAGGGUAUGAUGCUACAUAUAGAGAAACUGUUUUUGUGAGAAAA